AUGCAAAAAUUAGAAGAUGCAUUUGAGGAAUCUUCGCGUAGAUUGAAGAAGCCUAAGUUAGUGUCUUUACCAACUGAUUCUCCUACUAGUCCUAAUUGGGAUAGUAGGGAGAGUAGUACAGCUACAAGUCAUCCAUUUUUCCCAAAAAAAAAAGGGGUUGGGAUUGGGAAUUCUCCUUUGGAGAGGGCUUUUAACAAUCAAUGUCGAGAGCAAUUAGAUUGUCUUAUUGCUAGGACAUUUUACUCUGCUGGCUUACCCUUUCACUUUGCUAAGAACCCGUAUUGGAUUGAGAUGAUCAAGUUUGCAGCUAAUAAUAAUUUAGCGGGCUAUGUUCCUCCGGGUUACAAUAAAUUAAGAACAACUUUGUUGCAAAAAGAGAAGGCACAUAUUGAGAAGUUGUUGAGGGCAAUUAAAGACACUUGGAAAGAAAAGGGUUUAAGCAUUGUAAGUGAUGGGUGGAUAGAUGUACAAAAAAGGUCACUUAUCAAUUUUAUGGCUACAUCACAGAAAGGGCCAAUUUUUAUCAAAUCCAUUGAUGGUACCAAAGAGUACAAAGACAAGCACUUCAUUGCUGACUUGUUUUUAAAGGUUGUUGGUGAGGUUGGGCCUCAACAUGUUGUCCAAAUUAUUACUGAUAAUGCGUCUGUUAUGAAGGCUGCAGGAUCUAUUGUUGAAGCUGAAUAUCCUCAUAUAUUUUGGUCACCUUGUGUUGUGCAUACUCUCAAUUUGGCUUUGAAGAAUAUUUGUGCACCUAAGUACUCUUUGCAGAAUGAGAAUGCAUAUAAUGAAUGUAACUGGAUUGCACAAGUUUCAGAUGAGGCAACUUUCAUUCGUAUUUUCAUCACAAAUCAUUCUAUGAGAUUAGCAAUUUUUAAUUCAUAUUCUCCUUUGAAGUUACUUGCUGUUGCUGAAACACGAUUUGCUUCAAUAAUUAUCAUGCUUAAAAGAUUGUUUCAAGUAAAACAAAAUCUUCGAAAUAUGGUUGUUAGUGAGGAAUGGAUGUCAUAUAGAGAAGAUGAUGUAGGAAAAGCUCAAACUGUGAGGGAUUAUAUUUUGAAUGAUUUGUGGUGGGACAAGGUUGAAUACAUUCUAAGAUUCACAGAACCUAUUUAUGAGAUGCUUCGAGUGGCUGACACGGAUGCACCUAUUCUCCAUAAGGUGUAUGAAAUGUGGGAUUCCAUGAUAGAAAAUGUGAAGAAAGAAAUAUACCAACAUGAAGGCAAGGAAGACUAUGAGGAGUCUCCAUUCUAUGAUGUGGUACACAAUAUACUUAUUGAACGGUGGACUAAAAAUUGCACACCACUUCAUUGCCUAGCCCACUCCUUGAAUCCAAAGUAUUAUACUAUUAAAUGGAUUGAGGAAGUUAGAGGCCGUGUUGCACCACAUAAGGAUGCUGAAAUUUCAGUGGAGAGAAACAAGUGUCUCAAAAGGAUCAUUCCUGAUCCUGAUGAUAGGCAAAAAGUUAAUGUGGAGUUUGGUUUGUUUAACUCAUUACAGGUUUAUGAUGAGGAUAACAUGGAGGAUAGGUGUAACUACAAUCCAAUGCUUUGGUGGUCAACUUAUGGGUCUACUUUACCAAUACUUCAAACUUUAGCUCUAAAACUUCUUCAACAGCCUUGCUCAUCAUCAUGUGCUGAGAGGAAUUGGAGUACCUAUGGCUUCAUCCAUUCUAUGAGGAGGAAUAGAAUUACUCCUAAACGUGCUGAAGAUUUAGUGUUUGUUCAUUCUAAUCUUCGACUUCUUUCAAGGAGGAGGCCCGAGUACAAUAGUGGAGAAUCUAAGAAGUGGGACAUUGGUGGAGAUAAUUGGGAUGAGCCAUUUGGAGGACCUGGGUUGCUUGAGGUUGCUUAUCUCACACUAGAUGAGCCAGAGAUGGAGACAAGUAUUGUUGAGAAUAAUGAUUAUGUUGAUGAUGAUGAUGUUGUUGUUCUUUGA